AUGCACUCUCUUAAUCCAUAUCUCCGGGCCUUCUUCAAGAGCGCGUUACCUGCCCAAUGCAAUCCGGUCAACAACCACAUUCUCCUUGUCCCAACGACCGAAUGCCUCCUGACCGGCAAGGACCGAGAGACCAAUUCUACAUUUGCAGACUUGGCUGGAUCUGAGGAUUUCCUGGGCAGCCAUGUCCUCAAAAUCUCUGGCCCUGCAGCUCCUGGAAGCAACAAUGUGCGAGACAGCAGGGGUAAAGCGAAGCAGUUCAUUACAGUCAAUGGGCGGACUAUUGUGGUGAAAGAGUCGUUUGUCUACAGCAAUAAAGGCUUUAGAAACCUCAAUCAGGCGCAGCUUCUCAGCGACCAGCUAUACUAUCCUGACAAUCUUGAUGCGCAGCAAUGGCUCAUAUACUAUAUCUCGAGACCUCUUGUAGGCUCCUACCAGCCAAUCAAUAUCACGCCAGCUAUCCUUCCAACCCUGUUGAAAGGGUUCAAACCUCUUACCAUUACCCUGAAAGACCCCUUGGGCGGACAAGGAGACUCUGGGCCCUCCUCAUCAGUCAACAAGAAAGACGUACGGUCGUUCAACGAACUACUCAACAACUUUCCAAUGAUCGCGCGGCAGAUGCAGCCCGGGUUAGAGAAGGUGUUUAAAGACUUCAACAAGGAAAUGCAGGAUCGACCUUCUACGCUUUCGCGCAAGUCAUCAAACACCUCUCGAAGAUCUUCAACAGCAUCCUCACAUUCCAAGACCAAGGGGUCCAUACGCAGCAGAUACUCAAACGGCCAUACAGCCGCGCCAUCCAUAGCAACAACACGCGUGGAUGAGGAGGAAGACCAUAUGCGGAAGACGUUGGAGACUGCGGUGACUGCGGCGAUCGAUCUGUUUCAGCAAGUGGAUAAGCAACAACUGUCUUUGCUAGGAGCUACAACUGACCUCACGGGCCCUACUGUGGAGCGAAUCAUCGAGCGGUAUGUCACAGAGCAAGUUCACGACUCCACUCUCUUCCCAGUGCUUCGGAACAGCAGACGGCUGGAAGAUCUGGAGCUCGAGUCUCGAAUUCAUCAGAUGCAACACAUCGAUAUUGCUCAAGUUGGCAUUGAGAUAGAAGUUGGUCGGAAAGGCAAGGAACAGAUGAUGGACAGGCUCGCCAAGGGAGUUGAAGAGUUCCGUAAGCUUGGUGUUGCUGGCAGUCCUCAGCAGAUGAUGGAGAUUCUUCUGGCGACGCAGAAGGUCGUCACGAGUGACCAGCCCAUAGCUAAGAAUCUUGAUUCCGCAAUGAACGACCGUAUAGGACCGGAAGGAUCGGGGAAGCCGCCUCCGUCUAUAACCAUGAAUGCCGAUACUCUAGUCUCCCUACUGCUAGUUGUGGUCAUUCGUUCCCAAGUACGGCAUCUUCACGCUCGAUUUUCCUAUAUGCGGAACUUCAUCUUCGUCGAUGAUGUCGAAAGUGGUGAGGUUGGAUACGCGUUGAGUACAUUCGAAGCAGUGCUUUCCUACCUGGCGUCUGACUCCGGUGGCCUACGUAAAGCAAGCAGAGGGAACAAUCGACUAUGGCAGGCUGCUAGGAGUGGCGAUGUCAAGGAUAUCAAGGCGAUUAUGGAUCCUGAACCGGAAUCUGUUCUCAACAAAAACAGAAGUUCCGCCUUGCACGAGGAGCCCGAUGAGGAUGCUAUUACCGAUGCCGACGAUGACUCGGAGAAAGGCCGCUUCGUUGGCAAGGAGAACAGCAAGCACUUCGAACGUCGCUUAUCCACUGCAACCACCGAGGACGGCAACACUUCGGAAAACUCCACCUUGGCACACGUCUUUCCUUUCCAGGCUCUUCAAGCCUCCCGCAAAGGUAAACAUGUUUCCAUGGAUAUGAGAAGCCUUUCAAAUUCUUCGGAGUACUCGUUCAUUUCUCGAACAACUACUCUGGACUCAAAGUCAAGCAACGUUGAAGGCGAUACCUCCAUCGAAACACUUGCGCAGACUCAAGACAUAGAUGGCAACUCGGUACUCAUGAUGGCCGUGGAAGCACGACAGCCAGAAGCACUUGAGUAUCUGUUGUCCUUGGAGGAAUACUUUUCCCCUAGGCUUUUGCUGGAAGACUCCAACAAGGAGGGCACCACGCUUCUGAGUGCUGCAGUCCAAUUGGCUCACACCGAGCUCAUUGAUGUAUUACUACGCUGCAUCUUUCAAAGGAGAGACACAGAGGAGAUCCUCGACUACUUCGGCAGAGCAGAUCGUCAUGGUCGAACGGUUGCCCAUUAUCUUUUUAACGCCCCAUAUCUGAUUCCCCAGUUCUCCGAGAUCCUGCCAUGGAGAAGGAAAGACAAGAACGGCCAGACGCCUUUGCUCGCUUUGUGUAGAUCCUACGAUCAUAAUAACUAUGCGGAGAUGGUCAACGAAGCGUUGCAAUUCGCAACGCAUGAGCAAGGCGACGGCCAGCCACUUCAUCUGGACGAUCAUGUUGACGCGAAGGGCAAUACAUUACUUCAUGUGGUCAAUGAUCCUACUUUAGCUGUACGAAUACUGAGGCAUUGCGACUCCGAUCCAAACGCUACCAAUGACAAGCGUUUCACUCCUUUAAUGGUGGCCAGCAAAUACGGUCGAAUGGACAUGGUCAGAGCUUUAUUCAGCGAUCAGAGGGUUGACGUGUUAGCUAAAGAAUCAAGAGGCAUGACUGCAGUUGAGCUUGCUAAAGACGACGAGAUUCGGAAUCGCAUCGACGACAUGGUGCUCGUUUCCAAUGUGCCUGCUGCUGACGGGAGAGUGACAGCCGUUGUUCGGUCAUUUUUUGUGGAGGAUGCCUCGAUACGCUUGAUUAUCAAGUCUGCUGUCCGCAAUGACAAUGGAAUGAUCGGCGUCACCACUUGUAGGCGGUCGUUGACAGAUUUUGAGAACCUGGCCAAAUGGCUUUCCGUGGAACAUCCUGCUUCAUGGCUACCGUCAAUCUUCAACUUUCGUUCGCCCUUUCAGAUAGCUUCUCGACCUUCAAGAGCAGUACUGCAAGACAUUCAAGUGCGUCUCGACAAGUUCUUAAAGAUCAUGCUUGCUCACUCAACCUUCUCGACGCACGAGCUGCUGUGGGAGUUUAUCCUCUUCCCUGAGAUACAGCCAGACAUGAUGGCAGAGCGGAGCCGGAAGAAAGCGGAGCUUCGGAGCGAGAAUAUCAUGGAGGAUUACGAGCCAGUCGAGGAUGUGAGGGAUGUUUCGACAUUUGUUGAGCAUGCCCGGGAGUCGAUUCGAGGCAUCAAUUAUUCGACCAAGAGCGUGAUACGGAGGGUCGCCAGCGUCCGCGUCGGCUCGUCGAAUUUCUCCAUCGCCCUGGACUUAUGUGCCAAGGAUUUCUCAACGCUAGCAUUUCUUCCAUCCUCUUACGUCGUGGCCCUUUCCCGCUUCGCCACCUGCGCUCAAGCUCUACCCUCAGAUCCUCACAAAUUCUUUCAUCAAGAUCUGCAAGCCAUUUCCUCCACCAUCCUUGCCAUUCUCUCAUCUCUAGCUCGCCCUCAUUCCUUGAUCAAUUCGCUUGUUGACAUCCAAAAGACUGUUGAUCGCCACGACUCUUCGCUACGACGCUCCGACCGAUGGCCGCUUGGUCUACUCGAUGAAACACGCAAAGGCAUACACGCUGAUGCGCAAGAGAAGGCUGAGAAGAGCAGGGAAGAAAUGAGGAGUGUGGGCUGCGAGUUGACCUAUACACAGCAGACUGUUGCCGGUGAGCUGGCUGGAUGGCAAGAGCUGCAUGCUAAGCUAGGGAGACGAGCAAUCAAGGCUUUGGCUGAGAGGAUGGUAGUGAGGGAGAAGGAUCGACUUGAGAGUAUGAAGAGGGCGGUGAGGGCAAUUGUGGAUGUGAAUCAGAAGUGGUGA